AUGAGGUUUGACAAGGAUGUCAACAAGGACCACUUUGGACCAAAGACCAAUUGGAACCAGGAUGCCAACAACAAGGACAAGUGUAUAAACGAGGAGUUGAACCUUAAGAAGGCCAUCCGUCCAGAGUACGAAUCAAUGGGUUCCAAGACUGGCGGUAUCUACUGGGAGAACAAAGGACGAUUGAUUGAACAAUUGGAGAGAUGCAGAUCCUCUUCCAGAUGA